GAGGUGAUAGCGGAUCCUGGGCCGAGUGAUCCUUCUGUCCUGACACUGCAGGCCUCACACAGGAGUGAGGAUGUUUGGCUUGGCAUGGAUGUGCAGGUUGAUAGGUGCCGCGAGCAUCUGCGUGGUUUGUCCCAUUUACAUGUCGACCCCAGAGUCCUAGCCUAUGUUCGUGCAGCAGGUUUUUUUACACUGCACAGGUUAGUGGCUACUGUGCCUUUAGAUAGAGCCCUCCUGUAACACCCCGAUUUUUUUACGGGCUAGUUAUAUUAAUCAUCAUUAUUUAUUUUAGUCAGCUAAAUAAGUUACUUGUGUGAAUAAUGUGAUAUUAUUUAACAUGUUUUGUUUGUGGCAGGUAAUGUUGACUGGUAAGCUCUAAUAUUUGUAAGUGAAGAAAUGAGUAACGUUAUAAAACUUAUUCAAUUUAAUUUGAAAGAUGAAAUAAUUUUAAUCAUUUUUUUUAAAGAGAUGUUUACAAGCCCAACUCAGUUUAUUAAGCCCAGAAAAUAUGCUUAAGAUUGAAUCCCUAGAGAAGGUACGUAUGUAUAAAGAUAUCAACGAGUAAAUACUUCAGUAACCGUCUCCUCCUCCACUGUUUCCUUCUCUUCUCGAAAGGUUUUCCCCACUCCUCCAAACGCCUAACGAAAACUCCUAUAUAUCUUUUACUCUAGCCGUUUCUGCCUAUAAAUAGUUUGAUUUAAGAUUUACUGUAAAUUUUCCUGAUAUGAAGCUUCCAUUUUUUGCAGUCUUUUUCUUCAUAAAUAAUAGAACUGUAUCCAUUCAAGUGGUAGGAUUGUUUUGCAAACAAGAAUAAAUAAAAUGAUUCUAACGUGCAAGGCUGCUGCCUAUUUCACUCGGAUUUGGGGAGGAUUAGUUUCAAUUCUUGAACAGCAGUUUGUGAUAGAAAUUAGCAAUUUUCUUAAUAUAUAUCAAGCCCUUUAGUAUCAGCCCCAACUUAUGCUACCUCUAUCCAAAUCUUUCUUACAAUUGGGCUGUUUUACAAACGGAUGUUGAGAAACUUUUUAUAUUCCAAGUCAGGUAUCUAUUAUAAUUGGCAGCCACUUUCUAGUUUGUUUUUGUCUGCUGCGGUUAUAUUUCAUCAAAUGGAGCUUUGUUUCAACACUUAAAAGUUAUGCACGUAUUUCUAGGCUAAUGCAUGAGGAUUAAGAGAGUUUUUCAUUGGUAAAUAAGAUCUAUUUUGGAUAAAGAUAAAGAUAGACUAUUAUAGUCUUCAUGUUUAGUUUAUAACCGUAGCUGAUGUAUUCGUUCACAUACUUCAGCUGUACUUUGGAAAAAAAUUCUUACUUUAUAUUAUUCUAUAACUAAAGAUUUAAGAGAAGAGCUUACCAGAAGACGUUAUCAAGGUGCCACAUUUAUGUGUAUAUUCUGAGUUCAGCUUUUGACAGGUAAGUUCACUACCACCUGUACAUGUUUGUUCAACCAAAUGCAAGAAGUCUGGUUGAUUUUUAAUAGAUAAUUUUAGACUAUUUGCUAUUAUGUGAACUAUGUGAAUUAUGUGAUGAGUUAUUUUAUUGCUAAAUUAAGUUAUGUUUAUUAUCUGGCAUAGUCAAGAUUUGAUAGUACUUUCGUUUCUAGAUUUAAUGAUGUUUAGUCAAACGUCACCAUAAAAAGAACUAAUACUUAAAGUGAAAGAUUAAGUGAUAUGUACUCGGGAACUAGAUCCCUCAGAUUAGCAGUUUUAGUUUUAGAUAGUCCGAUAUGUUUAGUGGGUCGCUCCCCUGAGCUGUCGGAUUGGCGCCAUUGAGUACAUAUCACGGGCCCACAGUUAAAAUUAGCCACAAAGAGUUUAUAGAAAGUUUAUGAGAUCUCUUUCAGAAAGAUUUACAGAAAGUUUUUGAGAUCUCUUUCAGAGAGUUUUACAGAGAUGUUUUCAGAAAAAUAAAUUUUGAGAUCUCUAGCAGUUUUGAGAAAAAUAUUUUAGAAAAUGUUUUUUUUUUUGAGAUCUCUCUCAGAAUGUAAUUGAGAAGUUAUGUGUUAGUUGUUUGUUCAGUGCAUGCUUAUAGCCUAAUUUAUCUAUUGAUAAAUUGGCCUAGACUUCUAGAUAUUUUUGUGGAGCCAUAGUGACUUACUAAGCGUAAAGCUUAUCAGUUUUCUUUCUUCGCAUGUACAGAUAUUAAGGGUAAGGCCAAGGCCUAGGAAGAUGACGAGGGAGUGGGACACGUGCCAAGAUGAGUUAACGGGAACGACCUUGGCGACUUCUAGCUAGAUAUUAUUUUGUUUUAUUAUUUCAGUGUUAUAAUAAAGAUAUUAUAAUUAUUUCAUUUGAGGAUUUUGAUAUGUGAAUAAAUUCCUGGAUCCAGGUGGUUGUCACAUUUUCUGGUGAUAACUAGAUUUUAUUGAGUUUGUAGUUGGAGCUAUAUUUUAGUUAUAUUUGAGAUUUUAUCAGGGUUAUUUUCUUAAACAGACGGCCGUUAUUUUUAAAAGUAGCAAGUUAGUGUAACGUUUCCUUUAACCCUGAGAGGGGUGUUACAAUUUGGUAUCAGAGCCCAGGUUGUCCCGUAACUUCAUUUGUCACCGUACACGUGCUCGUCAUCUUCCAAGUAAGUACUUAUUUAUGCUAAAGGUUAUCUAUGUGAAAAUAUGUUUGAGGGUUGUUGGCAUUAGUUGGAUAGAAAAGUCAAGAAAAAGUAGUAUGUACUCAACUCGUAAAACCUUGUGUUAUUACGAGUUAUGCAGAUUAAAUUUUCUUCGAGUGCCUAUAAAUCUUGAGUUAGGUCUUCUAUUUCAUUAAGGAAGUACUUAGGGUUGUUGUCUAAAAACAACAUUCCAUUUUAGCCUCUAAUGAUAUUUCAUAGCAAGUAGUUCUCAUACAUAGAGGGUAUUCAUGAUUAAAAAUCCGAGUUAAAAAAAAAAAAGUGUCAUAUAGUAUUUAUUUUCUCAUGAUUGAGUAAUUGAAUUACGUCACAAUCAGUGUUAUUCCAGCUGUCUUUUUAUAUAGCUUGUAGUUUAUUCAGUGUCUAAGUAUUGUGGGUUAUUUUUUUUUAAUUAAGAAUAAUAAUAAUGAGUUGCCUGGUAUUUUUUUAAGCAUCACAUGUAGUUGUGUUUACAUGAGAUGAAGAAUUUCCCUAAGCAUACAAAUCAGUUUGUUAUGUAUUUUAUUCAUUUAUUAAUUUUUUUAAUGCCCUAACUAGUUACAUUGUCUUAUUAUUAUUUUUUUGGUAAAAAAAAAAAAAAGAAUUUGAGUUUAAGUUAUAUCUUAAGUAGUAGUUUCAAAUGUUUUUUCAAAACGUAUCAUAAGCUGCAUGAAUGUUUCUAAUGUGUUGAGCAUCGGUAUUUCAUGUUGGAAUCUCGAGUUGUUGGGAGGGCCCCUCAUCAAUUUGAUGGUUCCAUAGGAGAUACCGGGGGUCCGACAUCACUUUAAUAUGAUCAAUGGUGAGAUUAUAUGUUGUCUAUUAGUUGUAAAAAAAAACAAUGCUCAUUAUAAAAUAAGUAUUAGAGGGUGUUGAUUAAUCAUUAAAUGCAUUUAGUGAUUAAUGAUUUAUCAAAUGACAAUGAUUUUACUAAAAGUCAAAUAAGUAGUUUUUUUUUAUGAUGUACUAGUAUAGUAUUUAGCUAUUUCCUCAAAAGUAUGUUUCAGAAGAAAUUUUGAGUUUUAAAAUGUCGCAAAGAAAUUUUCGAGUACUUUCAGCCUUUGGCACUGAGAUUUGAACAGUGUUGCACAUUCUUGUUACCAAAAUAUAUUGAGCGCCAUCACUUAAAUUUUCUUACUAUGAUCGGCUAAUAAAGUCUAUAUACGUUAUUCAAAGUUUUUUUUGUAAUAGUAUCCGGUUCUUAGAAGUCAGAUUAGAAGGGAUGAUCGAGUAGGGAUGAGUGGAAGGAUUAGAUUAAACUAGUUUCUGGUAAAUCACGAGUCUUAGAACCUGCUGCACGCGAUAUAGGGAUUUACGAAGUGUGUGUCAAUACAGUAUGAUCUAGAAUAUGAAGAUUUCAAUAGAAUAAAGAAUAUGCUUUGGUACCAUCGAGCUCUCUUAUAGCCACUAUGUACGUGUAUUUGUAGACAGUUUUCCAAUGAGCUCGUGCUGGUAGUUGGUAUGCUCUUUGAGUAAUAGAAGUAUGAGUGAGAAUAAAGAGUAUAAAGAGUUUGGCACCUCAAACAAUUCUUUUGUUAUGAAUCAUCAGCAAUUCAAGGGCUUGAACCCCAACAGUUGAGUAAACUAGUACCAGUCAAAGAUUUCGUAUAUUCUUUUGUUAAGAAUAUACGAAACCAGUAAGAAGGAUCUAGCUAUGAUUUUAGAUUUUCUUUUGAAAGAUAUCAGUGUAGAUUCGUUGAUUAGUUUAUUAUUUCUAGUUGAAAUCUAAAGAGCAUAAUAACGAGGUUAUGUAAAAAAAAAAAGAAUUCUGACUUGGGAUUUUACAGCAGAAAAUUUAUUUGUUUAGUCUAAGUUAAUCUUAGAUACGACCCCGUAGAGUUUAUUACCAGAUGAUUUAGUGGAUAAUCGUUUGUCAGUUUCUAUGGAAUUAUGUCUUACUUACCGCUCGACUUCCUUAUUCUUGAAGGCUGUAUAAACUUAUCACUAUGAACGAACUAUACUUCCUAAGUUAUAUAGUUAGAAGAUUAAUGUUAGAAGGAACAAUACUCUGGAAUAUCAGCGAAGGAAUAACUAUCGAUAGUGAACAGCGUAAAGGAAGUUUAUAAUAAACCUAUUAUUUUGUGUCAGACAUUUAUGUCUAUUGACAACGUCAAUUUUGUUAAACAGAAACAUUUAUGAUGUCGUUCAUUUGAGAAAAAUGAAAAACUUGAAAUUAAGCCCCUUUAAUGUUGACAUUUUAGUGUUAACCCACAUGCCGAGUUUUUAGUGGGUGUCCAAGAAGAUUUAGUUUCAAAACCUAUAAUAUUAUUUAUUCACAAAAAGUUGUAUCCACAGGAGAUUUUAAUGUUUUUUCAAAGAUAUUAAGACUAUUAGCUUUAGAUAAUCAAUUGUGCUCAAGGAUUUAAGGAGACCAAUGGUCAUCUGAUGACGAAUAGUUAUUUUUGUUCAAGCUCAAAAUUUAAGAUAAAAGGAAAUUCUAAUUACAAGCUAGAUUCAGCUUUCAUGACUACUGCAGCAUACUAAUCAAGUAAGUUAAAAUUUUGAAUUCCAGAAGUAUAGGACCAUAGUAGGGUCUUUCUGUUUAUAAAAAGAUAAUGAUGGAGUUUAGUAGUUUAAAACUAUUUCAAACCUUAAAAGGGGAUUUUUUUUAUAAUAGGUAAGUCAAAUUAAAUAUUAGUAGACUCGAAAAUGUAAUAUUGGACCAGCCUUGAUGUUUAAUUUUACUUUGAAUAAAAUUCUUAAAAGGAAAGCAUCUGUUUAAAGUCUCUUGAGAAACAACACUUCCUUUCCUACUAGUGGCAUGCCACCUCUCUGUUUUCUCUACAAAGAAAUCUCAGUUCUCCUUCUUAAAAUUCUUCUCCUUUUUCAAUUGACUGAACCAAGCUACUGAUUGAGUUUUGGAUUACCAUCUCUAACUAGAGAAAGUUUGUUUUCCUCGAUAAUAAACUGGUUUCAGGUAUUAAUUUUAGUAUGCUAUCCUUACGAUUCUUUAUUUUGCCUCUUCCUCUAAUUAUGUUUGACAUGAGGAAAAUGUAAGACCUGUUUUGAAAAUCCAAUUGAAGUAUAAGAAAUCUAUGCUCCACAGAAUUUAAAUUUUCUGCUAUAUUGGAUUAAUUCUCACCGUUUCUAAUGUUUAAAGUCUUUUAUAAAGCAACACCACCAUUUAUUAUCUUCUUUGAAGGCAGAUCGAUUUCCUUAAUUAAAGUGUUUUAAGUUGUUUAAGAAAUUGGAAGAAACUUGACACUUAAGAAAGAAAAUGUUAAUUUUGAUAAUGAAAUUGUCUACUGCAUUAGAGGCAUGGUCUAUUUGUUCUAAGUGGAGUUUUAGUUCAAAAUAUGGACAAUCUUCUUUUAUUGUAACGUGAAAGCAUUUUCUUUUGUCAGCUACAUAGUUGAUUUCUUAGAGUUUUAGUCCUGGAAUUUGCGCAGGCAGAACCUCAAACUUGAGUUAUAUUUUAAGCCCUUAAGAUGUUUUAGUUUGAGGAUAUUUCUAAUUUACUAUUGUCUUUCUUUUUUUUUAUUUUAAUAAGCAAAUAGGGCAAAGUAAUUAAUGUACAUAUUCUACAUUGUGAGCUUGUGAGUUUGUGUUGUAGUGUUAACAGAAAACAUGAGAGUAUUUAGGCAAGUUUCCUUAUUAAGGUCAAUUAUUAAGAAGUUGUUGAGAUCUUUAUGUAGUCGUAAGUAGUAGUAUGUCUCCCGAAGAAGAAAAACAUGAUCAGUAUGAUAUACAUUAAAGUCACAUGAUACUAAAGUGAAGUAACCUUGUGAAAGGUAUUAGAGCAAUUAUAGUUGUACUAAAGCUAAGUCAAAAGUAUAGAUUGGGAUAUUAUGAGACGUCGUUAUCCCGAGUUGUUCUAAGUUUUGGGGACGAAACUUUUAUAAGAUGGGAGGAGUUGUAACACCCCGAUUUUUUUACGGGCUAGUUAUAUUAAUCAUCAUUAUUUAUUUUAGUCAGCUAAAUAAGUUACUUGUGUGAAUAAUGUGAUAUUAUUUAACAUGUUUUGUUUGUGGCAGGUAAUGUUGACUGGUAAGCUCUAAUAUUUGUAAGUGAAGAAAUGAGUAACGUUAUAAAACUUAUUCAAUUUAAUUUGAAAGAUGAAAUAAUUUUAAUCAUUUUUUUUAAAGAGAUGUUUACAAGCCCAACUCAGUUUAUUAAGCCCAGAAAAUAUGCUUAAGAUUGAAUCCCUAGAGAAGGUACGUAUGUAUAAAGAUAUCAACGAGUAAAUACUUCAGUAACCGUCUCCUCCUCCACUGUUUCCUUCUCUUCUCGAAAGGUUUUCCCCACUCCUCCAAACGCCUAACGAAAACUCCUAUAUAUCUUUUACUCUAGCCGUUUCUGCCUAUAAAUAGUUUGAUUUAAGAUUUACUGUAAAUUUUCCUGAUAUGAAGCUUCCAUUUUUUGCAGUCUUUUUCUUCAUAAAUAAUAGAACUGUAUCCAUUCAAGUGGUAGGAUUGUUUUGCAAACAAGAAUAAAUAAAAUGAUUCUAACGUGCAAGGCUGCUGCCUAUUUCACUCGGAUUUGGGGAGGAUUAGUUUCAAUUCUUGAACAGCAGUUUGUGAUAGAAAUUAGCAAUUUUCUUAAUAUAUAUCAAGCCCUUUAGUAUCAGCCCCAACUUAUGCUACCUCUAUCCAAAUCUUUCUUACAAUUGGGCUGUUUUACAAACGGAUGUUGAGAAACUUUUUAUAUUCCAAGUCAGAUUUAAGAGAAGAGCUUACCAGAAGACGUUAUCAAGGUGCCACAUUUAUGUGUAUAUUCUGAGUUCAGCUUUUGACAGAUAUUAAGGGUAAGGCCAAGGCCUAGGAAGAUGACGAGGGAGUGGGACACGUGCCAAGAUGAGUUAACGGGAACGACCUUGGCGACUUCUAGCUAGAUAUUAUUUUGUUUUAUUAUUUCAGUGUUAUAAUAAAGAUAUUAUAAUUAUUUCAUUUGAGGAUUUUGAUAUGUGAAUAAAUUCCUGGAUCCAGGUGGUUGUCACAUUUUCUGGUGAUAACUAGAUUUUAUUGAGUUUGUAGUUGGAGCUAUAUUUUAGUUAUAUUUGAGAUUUUAUCAGGGUUAUUUUCUUAAACAGACGGCCGUUAUUUUUAAAAGUAGCAAGUUAGUGUAACGUUUCCUUUAACCCUGAGAGGGGCGUUACACCUCCUCACUGCUCUACUUGAGCGUUGGAGGCAGGAGACACAUUCAUUUCACCUCCCUGUUGGUGAGGUCACUGUGACAUUGGGAGAUGUGGCUGUACUUACCGGGUUAGAGGUUGAUGGGAGAGCUGUUACAGGCACUGCUUGUCGACAGUGGGUGGAUGAGUGUGAGAGGUUGUUAGGCAUCCGCCCCGUUCUUAGGGCUGACCUUCAGGGGUCAUCUCUUAGGAUGCCAUGGUUGAGGGAGCACUUCCAGGCCCUUCCUCCCGACGCUGAUGAGAUGAUCAUCCAGCAGCAUGCUCGGGCGUAUAUAUUGAUGAUGAUGGGAGCCUCCAUUUUCGCUGACAAGAGCGGAAAUGAGGUUCAGGUGCUACACUUGCCUUUGCUUGAGAGGUUUGAUGUAGCAGCACAGUUUAGCUGGGGUAGUGCCACCCUGGCUUAUCUCUACAGGCAGCUGUGUCGCGGGUGCCAGAGAGGGAGCACAGAGCUGGGUGGAUUUUUGCUACUCCUCCAGAUUUGGUCAUGGGAGUAUAUCCACAUUGGCCGUCCCAUUAUAGUUGGAUAUCAUGGCAUUGAUGGACAGCCACUGCCUGAUGAGCCUCCACGUCUGCUAGGACCACAUCAUGUACGGGGCGUGGACCCUCUAGGCCGUCGGUGGCUAUAUGCUGGUUUAUCUCGCAUGUCAUCCGCUACUGGCCUCGGUGUGUACAGGGAUGCAUUUGGAUCGGAUGUCAGAGGACCAGAUCACAUGGAUGCCGUAUAGACCUGAUAUGUUAGCAGAGUUACCCCCAGCUGGCCGAGAGCAGACUCACAUAUGGCGAGCACGUGUGCCGCUGAUAUGUUUUGACAUUGUUGAGCUUCAUUUGCCUGAUAGAGUCAUGCGACAGUUUGGGUUUGAGCAGGUCAUUCCACGUCCUAUCGACACUUAUGUAGAGCUGCAUAGGCUGGAUAGGCGUGGGAAGCAUACAGAGGAUUGGGCACUCAGACAUGUCCGAUACGUGACUAUGUGGGAUAGGAGAGCUGAGCUAGCUGUGGCUGGGACACCCACAUAUGUGCCAUCAGUUUCAGGAGAUUACAUGGGAUGGUACUACAGCAUCACUCGGUUGUUUGUGUCUCCUUCGUUCAGACUCCCUACUCAUCAUUAUCAGCCUAGCUCAUUGGCAUUGCAUCUUACAACACGAGCUUUGCAGCGCAUACAUCAGCGGGCUACUGCCACUGUGACUGAUAUUCCUGAUGUGGACAUGUAUGGACAGACUCUGACAGGCAUUGCCUCGUUAUGCUCAGAUGUGUUGGGUCGAGUAGACUACGGACAUCUUAUACACAUGCCCGCAUCUCAGGAGAUGGCAUCCACGUCUAGUGCAGCUGCGGCUUCAUCAUCCCAGACGCAACAUGAGAGAGUGGUUCUUCAACCACGACAACGCCAUAGGCGUAGACAUGAGCAGCAACAUCUCCAUGACGAAGCUGAUGAUGGGAACUUGUAGUUUGUCUUUUGUAUUGUAGUUUUUCUUAUGCAGUAGAUGUUGUAGGAACAAUUUACAAGUUUUGAUGUAUUUUCUCUUGUUAAGUAUUCUAUGUUGUAUUGAUGUGUUCGAGUAUGAAUAUUAUAUGAUUAUUUGUUAUGGCAUAUAUGAUGAUUGAACUGUGUUAUAUCGGUUAUGAUUUGAAAGUUUUUUAGCG